AUGUCUCCUCAUUCUCCUAUUAGAGUAGGCGAUACGGUCUUUUCCAAAAGUUAUGCUCUGGGUAUUGUGAGAACAGUGUUAACGGAAACAGAUGGCAAAACAGAAACAGUCAAAGUUGUCUGGGAUGAUAACUUAACAACUGUUGUCCAUGUUGAUAGUCUCAAAAAAGUACCAGAAGAAUCACCAUCCAGAAGAAGGUCAGUACCAAGGUCAACACCAAGGUCAAAGUCCAAAGCCAAUCCAGGGUUCCAUGAUGGUUAUAGGAAAGGGGCAGCAGGUCCUACGACGCCUCCAAGAUUAUUGCAUUCCUCCAUCGGAAUAGGUGACACGGUCAUGGAUAAACACGGUCAACAGGGAAAGGCAGUAGAGGAGGUGACAGUAACUCCUGAUGGUGACUCUACAAUCAAAGUUUCCUGGGAUGCUUACGAAAGGGCUGAUAUCGUCAAUGUCAACACUCUCCAAAAAGUACCAGGAGAAGCAUCAGCAAAAAAAAAAUCAGUGUUAAAAGCCAUUCAAGGGAUAGUUCACGGUUGUGGGAAGGGGACAGCAGGACCAGAUCCUAUUGCACCUAGAAUGUUACUGGGUUCAUUUGACAAACAAAGUGACCUUGAGGAACAACCAGCAAGAAAGAAAGUCAAGAAGAUGGAUGAAGAUCCAGCGUUGGCAAGGUAUCAAAAACUUAAUAAAAACGUAUUCUGGAACAAGGAGCCUUUCAAGGGCACACAGGUAGCAAAGAUGUUUGAGGGAAGGGAAUGGCAUGAAGGAUAUGUAAGAUGCAGUUGGGUAGAAGAGAACGGCAGAAAGAAACAGUACAGUCUGAUAUACACAGAUGGCGACAGGGAGGAUGUUGAUCUAGAUGAGCUCAAAAGGCUUGUUGCAAAUUUCAAUAGAAGGAAAGAGGUCAUUUGCAUUGACAUUGAUGACAACAAUGUCAAGGAUGUGGUACUACCAGCUCCGGAGUGCCAUGCGCAGGAAUCAUCAAAUCCAAACUCACAGCUAUCAAGCCCUAGCGCCAAUGAUGAUGAUGCAACUACUACUGCAGUUAACACUGAUACGCACUGUGGCAGCAACCGUUUUGAUAAUGCUAGUGGUCACAGGGAUGACAAAGAUGAGCAAUCCGAUGACGAUAGUGUGCUUCAAGCAGCUCUGCAGCAGGAACAGGAUUCAUCAUAUCAACACUCACAGCUAUCAAACCUUAACGCCCACAAUGACGAUUUUAAUAAUGGUGCUGACAAAGAUGUGCAAUCGGAGGAUGAUAGUUUGCUUCAAGCAGCUCUUCAGCAGGAGCCAGAUGAUGCUACUGAUAAUACUGAUGGUCACAGGGCCGACGAAGAUGCGCAAUCGGAGGAGGAUAGUGUGCUUCAAGCAGCUCUUGAGCAGGAGUCAGAUGAUGCUACAACUACUUCAGUUUACACUAACAAUCAUCAUGCUAGAGAUCAUCUUGAUAAUACUGGUGGUCACAGGGCUGACGAAGCUGUGCCAUCAGACGACAGUGUGGUUCAAGCUGCUCUGCAGCAUCAGCAAGGGCAGGAGGAAGAGCAAGAUCCAGAGCCAUCCGACGCUAGUUCAAUAUCAAAUGUUAGUGCUGAUCACCUUGAUGCACCAGAUGACUUCAUCGAUAAUGAUGAAGAUGAAGAUUUACAGGAGAUCAAGAGACAUCAUGAGUUGUUAACUCGUCUCUUUAAGCAUUUGGAUUUGGAUCAAUACCUUGAAUGUGAAGGUCCGGCCCCAGAGGCAUUGAAAGUUGGAGUUGACGCUGAUUCUGUUGGCAUUCUCACUGAAGAUCUUUCAGAAGUAAAUUGUUUCAAUGUAACUGGUCUUGAGUUUAAACAUGCAAAAACAGGAAAGCGUCCCUAUAAGGUCCGGGCCUCAGUGGCAAGAUCACGGGACUUCCACCCGACCAAGAAGAAUCAAGAUCCCAUGAAAAAACCAACUACCUUGGAUAGGUUCCCUUCUUUCACUGUUGGACAUUUGAACUUUGGAGACUUGAAAGUAUAUUUGUCAAUUCAUGUGCUGCAUCAAGGAAUGGUGGACAGACGCUGUGACCAAGCAAUUGUUGACACUUGGAAUGCUGUGAAUGACUGGGCGCUUCGGAAGAGUACAUUUGAAAAAAUUAUGGAACUGCAGGAGAACUGGAAGUUUUACAGUACCAGACAGAGUCGAGGCUCCUUUAAGGAGACUGUUGAGACAUAUCUCCGUGCCAUUCAGGGCAUGCGUGCGUUAGGGACUGUUGGAGGGGAAAGCAAGAAGAUUGUGUUCCGUGGCCAAUUUGUCCCAUUGCUACAUAUCAAUCUGAUUAGGUACAAACUUCAAAGUCUGUCUGAAACAAGAACUUCUGACCUGAAGGGUGCUGACAACAAAUCAGCUUUUUUGCUCUGUUGGAAUUCUAUAUACCUUUUGCAGAAUGCUGGAUUUAAGGCCACUUGGAGGGAGUGUCUGCAACCCAACCCAGGUACCACUUUCAAUGAAUGUAGAUUCUGCCCACAGGAAGAUCCAUCGCGGUACAACAAAUGGAUGAGAGGACAGGUACGGAAAACCUAUGAAGAAGCCAGAAAAGUGUUUGUCAAUGAUGAAGUUGGAAUACAAUUUGAGACCACACGAAUUGCAAUCGAUAUUGCAAUUACUUUUGAGAGUGGUAGGGAUUAUCAUGUUGUUCCCCUGGGAAAGAACGCAGAGACAACAGUGAAGCAAGCCACAGCAAUUAGACAUGGCAACAGGACUCUAUAUGAUGGCGCCAGCAGUUCUGAUUCAGAGACAGACUCAGACAGCAGUUCUGAUUCAGAGACAGAAUCAGACAGCAGUUCUGAUUCAGAGACAGACUCAGACAAAGAGGACGCCCAACGUUCCAAUUCAGAUUCAGAGCCAGACUCACAGUCAGAUACAGGGGAAGAAGAGGAAGCCAAUGAAUUACCAGAUGGUGGUGAAUCAGAGUCAGAGACAGAGACAGAAGAAGAAGUCAAUGAAUUUCCAGAUGGUGAUGAAUCGGAUGACCUGCCUAAUGCUUCCCAUCGCGAGUGGGGCGUGCCAGUGGAACAAUUAGUGUCCUACCUCAAGCAUAACAUUGAACAUACAACCAGUGCAUCAAACCAAAUACGGAUACGCUACCCUCAACUUAUGACAGUAGGAGUAUAUGGCAAUGGACAAAGCAAGUACGGGCCAAUGGUCUUGGAGGCAAUCUUUGUUGAAACCCACCCAAUCUUUGGUGAUUAUUAUAAAGUUGUUUACAAGGACAAGAAUCGACGAGCUGCACCAAUUGUUCAGCUAUAUCUACCAAACUUGAUCUUUCUUUUCCCGCCUCGGAGCCAUCCACUCUCGAUCCAGGCACGCAAGCUUCCACUCAUGGCUUUGAGGAUGGCUUCCGCGUUUGAACGAGAUCUAAACCCAAUGUUGGUAACAGAUCACUCGGAGUUCAUUGGGGCACUCAAAUCCCUAUUUCAAAUUGGCAACACAUUUUGUGAAGCAUUGGAAGACCAGAACUUCCAUGUUCGUUACGAAAUGACAUUUGUGGCCAGUCCUGAUACCACUGGGAACAACAUAGAGCCCCCCAUCACAGACGCUGUCACCCCUCUAAAUUGCUUAGCCUUUGUGAAGAAAGAUGAGCUCAAAGAAAAGAUGAGACAGAUCAUCACAAUGCAUGAGUCUGUCCUUAAGGAACUCUGCACUGCACUGGAGCAUUAUCCUGCUGUGCUAGCAUCCGUAACACCAGCGCAAUGGACUGCAUGUGUAGCAAUGCUGGAAUCUCUGGCUCUGCUGUUUGGUCUGGGUGGAGGAGGGAAGGGAACUUUGUUGAAAACAAGCCUCGAAACAAUGUCAUCGACCUACUUUCAGACUCACUUCUGGACGAUCCCUUCAAAUGUUUUGAGACUGCCUGCAAAUGCUGAUGGAGCUCCUGGGCUGAAGCUUCCAUUUGAGGUUGACCCAACUCUGUUACGUCUACCGCAGGUGGCCCAACUGCAUCUACAAAACAUGGAGAAUGGUGGCACCAACAUUGAAACUGUCUUGGAUCUCAUGGAGGAGGUAAUAUCUAAGGUAUUCCUAAAUGGUUUGCCUAAGCUACACCACAGCUCAGCUGUCAGAAUUGCAUGUAUGCUUGUGUUUCAAGCCUUUCUCAAGGCAAGCAGAGGGGAUCACCACAACGAGGAGUCAAGUGAGGUAUCUGGUACACUAUUUGACACAGUUGUAUGGGAAAAUGUUGGGAAGGACAUCGAGUCUACAGCACAAUUGUUUGAAGAAGUGGCAACGGCAGUGCUUGCCUACUAUAAAUUGGAGUCUUCCAAUAGGCUUCUAACAAAAUUGAAGAAGGAUUUGAAAACUUUGGAAGAACAAGCCGGUCCUAACCCAAAGACUUUGACCAAAAAACUGUGGGCUGAGGCAGCCAGGAAGCUGGGAGAUGCUGCUUCGAUUUCAGCACUGUGCCGAUGGGAAUAA